UCUCAGAUACACACACUCACAGAGAACACACGCUACACUUGACUACACCCAAGCAAACCAACGCAAAGCAUAUCCCUAUCUCUAUAUUAUUACUCUUCUCCCUUCUCUUUGCCUUAUCUAUCUUCGCCUGCGCCAACUCACUGAGUUCACAUCAAUCUCCACCGAGUUCCAUCGUUUUUCGCCAUGAAAGCACCUAAAUCCAAGUCUGAAUCCAAAAAACCCGAGAGCAGGCUUUCCGUGAAAAAGAGAGGAGCGCCGGCUGAGAGAAAAGCGCCUGCACCGAAGAAGACCAAGGCCGCGGCCAAGGAUCCUAGCAAACCUAAAAGGCCUGCUAGUGCUUUCUUCGUUUUUAUGGAGGAUUUCAGGAAGCAGUACAAAGAAAAACACCCAAACAACAAAUCUGUGUCGGUUGUCGGUAAAGCUGGCGGUGACAAAUGGAAAUCAUUGACUGCAGCUGAGAAAGCUCCAUAUGUUGCUAAGGCAGAGACGAGGAAGUCCGAUUACGACAAAAACCUCCAGGCGUACAACAAAAAAUUGGCGGAGGGGAAGGAUGCUGAGGAAGAGGAAGAGGAGGAUGAGUCUGACAAGUCCAAGUCGGAGGUCCAUGAUGAUGAUGAGAGUGAAGAGGAUGAAGAUGAGGAUGAUGAGUAAGGGAAACAAGUGUUUAGUAUGUGAGGGAGGUUAUUUUAAUGGGUAGGAUGAUCCAAAAUGAAACAGCUCACAUGCUUUGAUAAUGGUAAUUUCUAUAACUUUAUGUAAAUCAAGUAUGUUUGAAUUUUAUGAGGGUGUUUCCAAUUUCCAUUCCAGUAAACGGGUGGUUUUACUUU